AUGGGUGAUUGUGAUGACAUGAUACUCUCAGAAACAGCAGAACACAUGGUUUCUAUCCAUCCACUUGCUUGUUCUCCGCCACUCUCUAAACCGCGUAGGAAUCGGUCUGAAGCUUGGAAUCACUUUACAAUAGAGUCAGAAACAACAAAGAAAGCUAAAUGCAAUUACUGUGGCUCCUUGAUCAAGUACGAUAAGGGAACAAGUGCCAUGAGAGCUCAUUAUACAAGAUGCAAGGAUAAGGAUGAACCAAAGAACCAUGUUAACAAGAGGCAAAGGUCAGUUUCAUCCUCGACAGAAAAUGUGGAGGGAAAUAUUUGUACUUCUCCUUCAACCCCCAUGUUUGACCAAGAGGCAAUCCAAAAUGUAGUGGUGAAGAUGUUCAUAGAUAUGGAUAUUCCUUUUGAGCGUGUGGAUCAUGCAGGUUUUCAUAAUUUUAUGAGCGUUGUGCUACCAAGAUUUAAGGUCCCCUCAAGCAUUGAAUUAGUUCAUGAUAUUUUGAGACUAUGGGGUACAGAAAAAACAAGGUUGAAGAAGUUUCUUUCUCAAAACUGUCAACGAGUCUGCCUCACCAUUGACAUGUGGACUUCUUCUGAAAACUUUUGUUACAUGUGUUUGACAGCCCAUUUCAUUGACAAUGACUGGAAGAUGAACAAGAAGGUUUUAAAUUUUUCUCAAGUCAUAAGCCACUCACAAGCGGUUAUGGCUAAGAUAGUGGAGCACUGCUUGAAUGAAUGGGGGAUAAAUUAUUUGCUUAGUUUAACGAACGACAGUGUUUCACUUAACGAUGAUGAGACUCCAGAUCUGAAAGACAAGCUUGUGACUCGAGAUAGUUUAGUUCUGAAUGGAGACUACAUUCAUAUGCAUUGUUGUGCGUAUUUUUUGAAUUUGAUUGUGAAAGAAAGUUUAAAGGAGGUUGAUGAUUCUAUUGUGAGAAUUCGUGCUGCAGUGUGGUACAUAAGAUCUUCUCCUUCGAGAUUUUCUAGAUUCAAAGCAUGUAUUGAGCAACAAAACAUUGAAUAUAAAGGUUUCUUUUGUCCAAAUUUUGAAACAAGAUGGGACUCGACAUAUUUAAUGUUAGAUGAUGCAUUGAAACAUCAGAAGACAUUUGAAAAGCUUGAGAUGAAAGAUCUUAAAUAUGUUGAUGAGUUAAAAAAGGGGAAAGGUGUCCCUACAAAUGAAGAUUGGGAAAUUGUACGCUCAAUCCUUCCGUUUUUGAAAUUAUUUUAUGAUGCUACACUACGCAUCUCUAGUUCCUCUUGUGUGACUAGCAAUAUGUAUAUGUUUGAGGUCCUUGGUAUUGGAAUUGCAAUUAAGCAAAUGUGCAAUUCUGAAGAUGUACGUAUAAGUUUAAUGGCCAAAAACAUGAGAAAGAAAUACGAUAAGUUUUGGGGAAAUCCCCGUAGUCUAAACAUGUUGUUGUUGACCGCUCUCGUAUUAGACCCUAGACACAAAGUGAAAUUUGUAAGUUGGUGUGCCGAUAAAAAUUAUAAUGGCGGGGAAGCAACUUAUUUGAUAGAUAAGUUAAGGUCUUGUUUGAACUCCCUUUUUGAAGAGUAUAAUGGUGGGUUGGAGGUGUCUCACACUAACUCUAAAGAAGGCGGUUAUAAUGAUCCAUAUGGCUUCAAUAAAUUUUAUCAAUCAAGUGAAUUCAACAAAUCUGAAUCUGAGUUAAGUAAGUACUUAGACGAAGCCUUAGAGAGUUGUGGAGAUUUGGAUGUCCUAAACUGGUGGAAGCUAAACUCAAGCCGAUUUCCAAUCAUUGCAAACAUUGCAAGAGAUGUGCUGGCAAUACCUGUCUCCACCGUGACCUCUGAAUUUGCAUUUAGUCUUGGUGGAAGGGUGCUUGAUCCGUAUCGAAGUUCUCUGCCGCCAAUAACAAUGGAAGCUCUUAUUUGCGUCCAAGAUUGGCUUAUGGGAACUUCAUCGUUGCAUACAAGUGCAGAAUUUGAGAAUCUUGAAAAGAUUGAGCAAGAACUGAUUUCUUUACAUGAUGUUGCUGGUCUUGAUGAUGAUUGA